CGUGCACUUGAAAUCCGAGCCGCUCCCCAACACCUAACUCGAAUUCAAUUUUGCGGGAAAUCAGUUAACCGACCUGUGUUGAACUCCACCGGAAAGAUCCAUCACUAGUUCAACAGUUAAAAUUCAAUUCAUCCUGCGAGAAUAUAAGACUUCUUAAUGAGCCGUCCCAUGCACAAUUGCGUCGUAUGAAGGAGCUUUAUCAAGAUCCUAGAAAGACGCGAAGAGAUGUCGACGAGAUCAGGAAAUGGGUCAGCAACCAGCCGCAUCUUCCAAAAGUUACGGAUGAUAAAUUCAUCGAGAACUUUUUAUUUGGUUGUAAAUACGAUGUCCAGAAAACGAAAACGAUGAUGGAUCGCUAUUUCUGUGUUCGAGGAGAGAAAAAGCAUUUCUUCGAAGGCAGAGACCCGUCUGCGCCGGAUAUCGCACAGUCAUUUGAAGUUGUGUAUUCCAUUCCGAUGCCAGAACUGACCCCAGAGGGCUAUCGUGUGAUUACAGUCGGCUUAUUAGAUGGGGAUCCCCAUAAAUUCUCAUUCCUCAGUCUAAUUCGCAGAAAUCUCAUGAUGGUUGAUUAUGGAUUGACUCAGGAUUCGGCCAUUGGAAUGAUAGCGGUGGCCGAUUGCUCAAAAAUGUCUCUCAGGCAUCUUGGACAACUAAGCGUUACUUAUAUGAAAGACUACCUUUAUUGCAGCCUGGAUGCCGCUCCACUAAGAGUUCAGGAUAUACACUUAGUUAAUAUGCCAUCUUUUUACGGGACUUUUGUGUCGUUACUAACACGAUUUUUACCAAAGCAACUACAGGAACGCGUCCAUCAACACGGAACAAUCGAGGAAUUACACGACUAUGUUCCAAAGCGUGUCCUACCCGUGGAGCUGGGCGGUGAUGGACCCUCUGUUAAAGAUUUAAACGAGAGCUGGCAUAAAUUCCUGAUUGCCAACAAAGAAUGGUUCCUUACAGAAGGUAGCAAAAAAGCUGAUCUCAAUGUUAAGCAGGAAGAAAAUCCAACUUACAAUGGGCAUUGGUAUUCUUUCGGCGGCAUAUUUCGUGGCAAUACAACAAAAGAAAAAUCAUAGCAGUUUCAAAACUGUACACAAAUGAUCUCCUGUCAUCGUUCAAUUUUUAUUGCCUGGCAUGUAUGGCACCGAUAAGGAAACUGAGUGCACUGUAUCAUCUAGAAGAAUGCAUUAUCUUUUAGACAGAUAGUGGAUCAAUAUGAAUUAUUCGUUGAUGCGAUUUCAACAGUAAAACUGCACACAGGGAGUAUAAAAUACUUCGUUUCCAAUGAAUGAACUUCAGUUCAUAUGGAACACUGAAGUUUUUGGUCCAUGCCACCAAGAUUUUCAGUCGUAGGAAACAAUCUCCGGUUUAAAUAACCGUAAUCUUUGCAAAAACUACGAUUACCUGAACUGAAGUUCUGUUUCCUUGACUGGAAACUGCAGUUACUUAGACUGAAAAAGUUAGUGUUACGUGUUAAAUAUUUUUUUUUCUGUGUGCAUAACUCACAGUUUGAGCUAUGAUAACUAGAAAUAUUUAACUAGAAUCGCUCUAAAGAUAUCAGACGCUCAAUCUCCUCGCAUGUGUAAUUUUUCAACAGAGGCUUUUAAAAGCAACAUCCUGACUUAAGAGUCUGUCGAGAAUAUUCUUACAUGUGACUGUAGGAUUGAUUUGUCAUGAAAUUUAGUUCUCUUUUACAAAAGUUGAACGUAGAGAAAAUUAAGUGAUGAGAACUGAAAUUAGCCAUCAUUUGAAUUGAAAGCGAAAUUUCCGUCCUAUUAAGUUUGAAUAAAUUUGAAAAUUACGAAAGUAAAAACUUUCAUAAGUAGCAUCUCCAAAUCGCUUUAGAGCCCAACUUCUAAGUUUUGAAUGUUGAAAUGUAGUUCCUAAAGCCUAAACUUUCCUACUGAUAAUCAAGGAGGGGGCCUUACCCUCAACCCCAAUUUGUUUUCUUUUUCUCUUCUUAUUAUAAAUAUUUUAAUCGUGUUUUGAGUAUUUUUGUAUUUCAUCUUACCAUUAAAAAUUAGGACAAUGUAAGGCAGAGAAUUAAGAGUAUCGUUAUUGGCACUGCGUCUGUAGGUAGUUUAGGUUACUACCAAGUUUGAAAUCUCGGAGUUUUUGUAGUUCAUGAUAGAGCUACUUUCAAGAGCUUCUGCGAUUAAAACCUUUCUACUUUGUACAUUUUUACGACACAACGCAAAACAAAAAGUAAAAGAAAGUAUGCAGUUCUCAAUAA